GAAAUACAAUCGCCGCGAUGCUCCAAAAACGCGGAAGCAUGCCUGGUUUGGCAUCUGCUCAGAGCCAUCUGUGGCCAAUCCAAGCCCCUGAGCGCUCCGUGAACGCAGCUGAGUGCUGGUGACGGUUCUCGGGAGCAGCUUAGUCAGAAACAGGAGUGACCGCUAGCUUCAUGACAGCCGCGCAGACAUCAGUGAACUAGCGGGAGCGGAACAUCUUUCGCAGGGAAGAAGGAGCGGGAGAGACAGAGGGAGAGCGAGGGGGCAGCUGGAAGGAAAGGGGGGGCGGCUACUGGACUUUGCUUUCCUCGCGUUUUAAACCGAGUAAACACUCGCAUCGAUUUCGGGCUAGCCUCUUUUGAAGACCUCGAAAACAUAAGCUGGAAGGUUAGCUAGCCGCCGCCAUCUCUUCUCAGUCGGAGCGACCGCCGUGUCUUCCACACCAUGGGGAACGCUGCCACCGCCAAGAAGGGCAACGAGCUAGAGAGCGUUAAAGAGUUUCUAGCCAAAGCCAAAGAAGAUUUCUUACGGAAAUGGGAAUGCCCACCACAGAGCACGACGUGCCUAGAUGACUUUGACAGAUUAAAGACGCUGGGUACCGGCUCGUUCGGUAGAGUCAUGCUGGUGAAGCACAAAGGAACAGAGCAAUACUUUGCCAUGAAAAUACUGGACAAGCAGAAGGUGGUGAAACUCAAGCAAAUAGAACACACAUUAAAUGAGAAGAGGAUAUUACAGGCAGUGAGCUUCCCCUUUCUCGUCAAACUUGAGUACGCAUUUAAGGACAACUCCAAUUUGUACAUGGUAAUGGAGUAUGUUCCUGGUGGUGAGAUGUUCUCACACCUAAGACGAAUUGGACGGUUCAGUGAACCACAUGCGCGGUUUUAUGCCGCCCAGAUAGUGCUGACAUUUGAAUACCUCCAUUCACUAGAUCUCAUAUACAGAGAUCUGAAACCUGAGAAUCUUCUCAUUGACCACCACGGCUACAUUCAGGUGACAGAUUUUGGAUUUGCUAAGCGGGUAAAAGGCAGGACAUGGACGUUGUGUGGGACACCGGAGUACCUGGCUCCGGAAAUCAUACUCAGCAAAGGCUAUAACAAAGCUGUGGAUUGGUGGGCCCUUGGAGUCCUCAUCUAUGAAAUGGCAGCUGGCUACCCUCCUUUCUUUGCAGAUCAGCCUAUUCAGAUCUAUGAGAAGAUUGUGUCUGGAAAGGUUCGGUUCCCGUCCCACUUCAGCUCCGAUUUAAAGGACCUGUUGAGAAACCUGCUGCAGGUGGAUCUGACCAAACGCUACGGCAACUUGAAGAAUGGAGUCAAUGACAUCAAGGGACACAAAUGGUUCGCCACAACAGACUGGAUCGCAAUCUAUGAGAGAAAGGUUGAAGCUCCAUUCAUACCAAAGUGUAGAGGCCCGGGGGACACCAGCAACUUCGACGACUACGAGGAGGAGGAAAUCCGCGUUUCUUUAACGGAAAAAUGCGCGAGAGUUUGCAGAGUUUUAGGACGUGAGAACAUGGAUAUAUCAGGGAAAAUAAGGGGAUCUUUGCACUCUUCUGAAGACUUGGGAUGGAGCAGAGACCAUCUUUUUCAGAUCUACUACAUAGUCCCUUCAUUCCACAAGGCUGAAUGAGGUCGCCAUGAUCCUUGGGUGCCGAUAACCUGUCACCGUCACGUACACCUGCAUAUUAAAGCAGACACAUCACUUUUCUCUUUCUUUUUGUUUUUGUACUUAUCCAUUUUUUUUUUUUACUUUGAAGCAGUUAGUCUUGGAUGUUGUUAUCCCCUAUAAAAAUGUGAUAUUUUUCAAUUUAUGAGGAAAAACUGACAGUGGCCAAUAAUGAUACACACAUUGUGGGUUGUAGGGAUUCCCCUCCAGUUGUCAGCAAUGUAAAUUAAGAGUGUGCAUCACAUUUAGAUUUUGUCUUAGGUGCAAAUCUGUCCAGACAUUUGACAACUUUGACUGUUUAAAGGAUGACCAAAUGGGAAAACGCUAGGUGACACAAGAAGAGAGGUCCUUUCCAUUCUUUGCUUUAAGCCUUAGAGAGCCAAAUCCUUAGAUGAGCCCCCCUCACCCCCAUGUUCACUGUCUCCUUUGUAUCGUGACCCAGGCACAGCAAGCCAUGCAGAAAAGGACAAACCUUGUUACAUUAGUAAAAAUGUAAAAUCCACUUGUUUGUUUGAUCUGUUUGGGUCCGCUAGUUACAUGUAAAGUUUGAUAUGUUACAAUAUUUUGUCGCUGUGUCAAACAUUAUAGUCAUAUUGUCCCCAUCGGGCCUGCUUAUAAAGACCCUCAUUACAUGUCUGUGGAACAACGUGACCUUGGUAAAAGGGAGUAAAGAGAAAUCCUUUUAGGGUUUUAACUUUUAUGUAAAGCUGAGAGGGUCAGUGUGAAUAGUGUUGCAGCUCCGCGCCUCAACAUUUAGUGAAUCUUUAAAAAAAAAAAAGUAUAAUGUACUCAAUGAAAGAUGUUUUAAAAUCUUUGAACAGGAAUGCAUAAAAGAAAGGAUAUUUACCAUAUUCUCCCUGUUAUCGCCCCAAAGAGAUUUCUUUAUUUCAUUCUUGUCAAAGAAUGUAGAUUUGCAACUUAUAGGUAUGCAUAUUUGAAAGCUUGAUUUCAGUUUUCCUCACAAUACACUGGCUAAAAUGAAGACUGCUCCUUUGUAUCACAUGUAACCCUGUUAUUGUUAAGCUCAUUACAUCAUACGUAUAUGCAUUGUUUCAUAUAUGUUUUUAUUUAUACACAUUAGAGAUGCUAAUAAAUUUUAUUUUUAAAAGUG